CCGAACUCAGCACACUACACACCGCCAACAGCUAGCAACAGACAAUCAACGGCCAGCUGCAGAACGAUGUCAGCACAGGGUUGGCACAACUAUUGGCAGCUGUGUCGACGGGCAGCGCAAUGGCAGACUGCAGCCCCGCCUUGGCCGCGCAGGCCAAGCAACUCGAGGAGCGGAUCAACCACGUCCUCGACGACAUCAUCAAGUUUGCUGGUGCGUCAACAGUCAGCAAUCAACUGCAGACGCUCAGCGACCGCGUUCAGCAACGACCGGCCGCUGUUGCCAAGGAAUGGAAGAUGCCGAACUUCAAGAUCGAGAAGUUCGAUGACUAUCACAAGACUGAUCUGCUGCAAUGGUGGAUGGCAUUCAACGCAGAGGCGGACGUGCAUCACACUCCAGCACUGCGGCGGCUUGACGCAGUCUACCUGCAACUCAUUGGAGGGGCGCAGACCUUCAUGACGCACAUGGCGGUCACAUUGGAAUGUACCAUCGCCACCCUCCACACCAAGAUCGCGUGGGAGGAAUUCGAGAAGAAAUGGAAGACCCGGUUUAUGGUCAACAACGACAAGCGUCACGCCUUGAACAAGAUCUUUCGCAUGUUUCAAGGCCAGCAACCUUCACGGGAGUUGCUGACGGAGUGGCAGAAACUCGUCGCCACCCCGGAGUUGAACUUACCGUUCGACGCAAUCUGGGCCGAAUUUUUCGCUCGGUCAUGCGACGCCUUGACAGCUGCGCUGGACGGCGAAUUCCAAUAUGAGACCUUUGAUGACAUGAUCUCAAAGGCAAGAGGACUAAUCCAAGACACCAUGGACAAAGUUUGGCAUUACCGAAGACAUGUUCAAGUUGUGACAGAAAUGGGGAUGCUGUUUUUAGUGCAACAGCACCAAACACAUCACCAGCACAUGCCUCGACAAGGACAAGGAGAAUGUCAAACGUCCAAGCUCGGGAAACUGAGCACCGCGGGAAGUGCAGCGACAUCACUUCCCAAUACGCCGAAGUCGGCUGCCUUGCUAGCAGUCUCUCCCACAUCUGGGAAUGACGCAGUAGUCGCAAGUUCUCGUAUCGAUUUUGAGAACUAUGCUGUUGAGCUGGUCCCACCAUUGAACCAGCCUCUUCACGUGCAAGAUUCAAGCACAUGCACAGUAGUCUCGUCGUCAGACAAUGAACCGGUUGCUUCGCCAGCCCUUCUAUCGGAGGAUCCGUCGCUUUGGGCGAGUCUUGAGGAACUCGACCCGUUGACGGUUGAGGACUUCCAAUGGUUGCCUCUUCCCUCCACCGGUUCUUUGCCAACUCCGCAUUGCAACGCCUUAAUGGCACAUUUGCGCGAAUACUUGCACGCUGCAGUACCACCUCCGUCGACGGAUGGUGGAGUAGCGGUUGUUGACCUUCGUAGCUAUCUUGCGAAGAUCGGCCUCGAGCACGCAACGCAACGGUACAUCAACAUCGACGCGCUGCUCCUCUACAUCCGCAUUCAGAUCGGAAAGGCAACCUUCAGUGCCUUGAUUGAUUGUGGAGCAUCUCGCAACUACAUCAGCCAAGACUUCAUGGCACGCACCGGGCUUGGCCCACGCGUUCGAAGGAAAAGUCAGCCUACGCACGUCACAUUGGCCGAUGGUCACACACAAAAGUCAAUCGACCGAUGCGUUGACUCGGUGCCCGUGUACUUCGCCCCGCUAGCAUAUGAGGCCGUGUCAUUUGACAUAUUGGACACUAAGUUCGAUAUGAUCUUAGGCAUGUCGUGGCUGCAAAGCGAAGACCAUCCGAUGAACUUCUAUCGACACACCGUUCACGUUCGUGACCGGCGUGGCGAAUUAGUCCCGUGCACGGUGCCGCUUCCUCAUCCUCCAAUUGGUUGUCACGUGGUCUCCGCGGCGAGCAUUCGCCAAUCCAUCCGGCGGAACGACAUUGAGGAGAUGGGCAUAUGUUUUCUUCAUGCCCUCCCACCCGGUGAUCAGCCCAAGACGAAUACGUCGGACUCACGCAUCAUUGAGCUGUUGGACAACUAUGAGGAUGUCUUCCAAGCUCCCGCCGGAGUAGUACCGGAUCGGCCCAUACGCCACGGGAUCACUCUCGAGGACAACGCCAUACCUCCGUGCGGAUGUAUCUACCGCAUGAGCGAAGAGGACCUUCAAGUGCUUCGGGCACAACUAGACGACCUCUUGGCCAAGGGCUGGAUUCACCCUAGCUGUUCGCCAUACGGUGCUCCCGUUCUCUUCGUCCGGAAGAAGAACAAGGACCUUCGUUUGUGCAUCGACUAUAGGAAACUUAACGAGCAAACGAUCAAGAACGCCGGCCCUCUCCCUCGGAUCGACGAUCUUCUCGAGCGACUAGGCGGCGCCAAGUACUUCUCGAAGCUUGACCUCAAAUCCGGCUACCACCAGAUCAAGAUCCAGCCAAGAGAUAGGUACAAGACCACGUUCAAGACGCGAUAUGGGCACUUUGAGUGGAUCGUCAUGCCUUUUGGUCUCACCAAUGCCCCGGCUACUUUCCAAGCGGCUAUGACGACGGAAUUUCGCGACUUGCUCGACCGCACCUCCCCCUUGGUGCCCUUCGAAUUCAACGACGAAGCCCGGCAUGCGUUUCAUACGUUGAAGACGACUUUGCUCCAAGCUCCCGUCUUAAGCAUCUAUGACCCGACCUUGCCUACCAAAGUGACUACGGACGCUUCCGGCUACGGCAUUGGCGUGGUUUUGGAACAGCAUGACGACACAGACUGGCAUCCGGUUAAGUACUUCAGCCAAAAGGUGCCACCCAUCAACACUCUUGAUGAUGCGAGGAAGAAGGAACUGCUAGCUUUUGUCACCGUACUUAAGCGUUGGCGUCACUUUCUCCUCGGGCGUCGGCGAUUCACGUGGGCAACGGACAACAAUCCGUUGACUUAUUACAAGACGCAAGACACGGUGAGCAGCACGAUCGGUCGAUGGAUGUACUUCAUUGACCAGUUCGACUUCACCUCCAAGCACAUUCCGGGCUCCUCGAACAAGGCAGCGGAUGCUCUCUCACGAAGACCUGAUCUUUGCGCCUUGGUGCACUUCACAUUCGGCCUCGACGAGAACUUGCAACAACAUUUCGUAAACGGCUACAAGUCGGAUCCGGGAUUCUCCACACCCUAUGCGGACUUAUCAUCGGAUCACCCGCCGACAAGCAAUUAUCGCAUUGUCGACGGCUACUUGCUUCUCCAUACACGAGGCAAGGACUUGUUGUGUGUUCCCCAAGACCGCAUCUUGCGCACUCCCCUCCUUGGCGAAUACCACGAUUUGCGGUUGGCGGGACACCUUGGCGUCGCACACACGCUUGCACGACUCCGCCAGCGAUUUCACUGGCCGGACAUCAUCAGCGAUGUCAAUCAGUACAUUCAGUCAUGUGCAGUUUGCCACCGGAACAAAGGGCGCCAUCAUCUCCCGUACGGCGAACUAAAACCAUUGCCGAUUCCUCGGGAACCGGGUCUCUCCAUUGCUAUGGAUGUGACCGGCCCUGUCCCUCGCGAUCGCCUUGGCCAUGACGAUAUUCUCACGGUCGUUGACCGUUUGAGCAAGUACGCUCGAUUUCUUCCAUGCAAGUAUCAUGCGACGGCUCCUGAGCUCGCACGACUUUUGCAUACCGGCUGGUUUUGCAGCCACAACGUUCCGGAAGACAUCGUCAGCGACCGCGACACUCGUUUCAUGUCAGCCUUUUGGACGACACUUAUGGUGGAAUCCGGCACCAGCAUGAAACCAAGUUCCGCACGACAUCCUCAAACGGAUGGGCAAACGGAACGUGCACACCAGACUGCGCAGAUGAUGCUCCGCACACUCAUCCGUCCAGAUCAGAAGGACUGGGUUGACCGCCUUCCCGACAUCAAGUUCGCCUACAACACUUCGGUGCACCCGACGAUUGGCGUGACUCCAUUCAAGUUGCAUCACGGUGGACGGAAAGGACGUAUCUUCGCAGACAUUUUGCUUCCACGGGCUGCCGAUAUCGAAGCCGCUUGCUCCCCCGCUUCUACACGGAAGUACACGGAACUGCUGGCCAAAGCCCGCGCAAACAUGCAAAAGGCUCAGGUCUGUAUGCAGCAGCAAGCGAACCGGCGUUGCAUCCCAUGUCCAAUUUGCGCCGGCGACCUAGUUUGGGUCACCUCCAAGGAAUUUGAGCUCGAGCAGCAUGUCUCGCGCAAGCUCCUCCCUAAGUGGUUUGGACCAUGGAAGGUCGCUUCAGCAGCUGGCGACAACCCCGCGGGUCCAUCUUUCAUCAUUGAUUUUUCCCCGCAUUUGACGGUCCACCCGAUAUUUCACGCUUCAAAGCUGGCGGUCGACACUCCAGCCUCCGCAGCGGACUUCCCGGGCAGACGGUCAUAGGACCCUCCUUCAAUGGAUGGUCAUCAGGAGGCCGACCGCGUUCUCAUGCAUCGCAAGCAUGGCAACAAGCCAAUGCAGUACAAAGUUACAUUUAAGCAAUGCGA